AGGCGGGGCGAGUGGACUCUGCUUCCGCCACCAGGGCGCUAGGGCUUGGGUCACGGACAGGUCACGCCCCAGGUUCUGCAGUGUGGACUUCGGUGUUCGUCCUUCGCCCUUCCCUAAGCCGUAGCGCUGAUCAGUGCGGACAGCGGGGCGCUGCGAGGCGCGGCACCUGGCGCCCUAAGUCGCGGCGCACGCCGGCUGCACCAUGGUCCAGCUCACUACUGUCCUUUGCAAGGCCUACCAUGGAGGCCACUUAACCAUCCGCCUUGCCUUGAGUGGCUGUACCAACCGGCCUUUCUACCGCAUUGUGGCUGCUCACAACAAGUGCCCUAGGGAUGGCCGUUUCGUGGAGCAGCUGGGCUCCUAUGAUCCAUUGCCCAACAGUCAUGGAGAGAAAAUCGUUGCUCUCAACCUGGACCGGAUCCGGCAUUGGAUCGGCUGUGGGGCUCACCUCUCUAAGCCUGUGGAGAAGCUUCUGGGUCUCUCUGGCUUCUUCCCUCUGCAUCCCAUGAUGAUCACAAAUGCUGAGAGGCUGCGAAGGAAACGGGCACGUGAAGUCCUCUUAGCAUCUCAGAAAACAGACACAGAAGCUACAGAAACGAAAACGAGCUGACUUCAGCUGAGCUUGAGCAGAGCAUUGGGAAUAAGGUUAAAGUUCUCUUAAAACACCUGUGCAGAGCACUUAGUUUUAUUAGCUUUGGAGGUCAAUAAAUGGAGUUUUCUAAGUCA